AUGGCAGCUUACAAGGUAAGGCUAACUAUAGAGAAGGUUCUGGUGGAGAUGGAAAUUGACAGCGGGUCAGCUGUAUCAGUUUGUCCUUCAGACGUUUUUAAUGAACAUUUUUCUCAUAUCGAAUUAAAGCCUGUUUCUAUGAAAUUGCGAACUUACACAGGUGGUGACGUGCCUGUUCUAGGUCAAGCUGAGGUUAGAGUUUUAUAUAAAAACCAGAACCUAGUGUUACCACUAUUGAUUGUUGAGGUUUGUCGUAAAGACCAGCCUAUUUUGCUUGGAAGGAACUGGUUAGCAAAAUUAAAGUUGGAUUGGCAUGCUGUAUUUUCAAGAUCGUAUGAUACUACUGGUACUAAAUCUAAGUCUACAGUGAAUGUUACCACAUGUGAAUUGAAGCAAUCUAAUUGUGAAGUUGUGUUGCCUAAUGGCAAAUUUGAGGCUGAAGUAGAGGCGUUAAAGAAAAAAUACAAUGCAGUGUUUCAAGGGGGGCCAGGAGAAAUAAAAGGUGUUAAGGCUCAAGUCACUCUCAAGGACAAUGUUGUUCCUAAGUUUUGCAAAUUUAGGCCUGUGCCUUACUCGUUAAGGGAAAAAGUAGAACAAGAAUUAGAUCGGUGGGUUGAGGAUGGUAUAGCGUACAGAGUUUCUAGUUCAGAAUGGGCUACUCCGUUAGUUACAGUGCCCAAGACUAAUGGUGUCCGAUUGUGCGCAGACUUCAAAGUAACAUUGAAUCCGGUGUUACAGACGGAACAUUAUCCAUUACCUCAACCUGAGGAUAUAUUUGCUUCUCUGUCUGGUUGUACAUAUUUUUCAGUUGUGGAUCUCACUAAUGCUUAUCAACAAUUAGCUGUUGCGGAGGAUUCACAACCUCUGUUGACGUUAACAACUCACAAGGGACUAUUUCGACUAAGACGUCUGCCAUUUGGACUUUCUUCAGCUCCAGCUAUAUUUCAAGCUGUGGUCGAUCAAAUUAUAAACGGAUUACCAGGUACUGUAGCCUAUUUAGAUAAUGUUUUGGUCGGCGGCUCAACAAGAGAGGAAGCCUUUUAUAGAUUGGAGAAAUUGUUACAGCGUCUUAUGGAAUUUGGAGUACAAGUUAAUGGGAGUAAAUGCAAGUUCUUACAGCCUGAAGUGGAAUAUUUAGGCUACGUCAUUUCAGCAUCAGGAGUCAGUCCACAACAAGGUAUUGUUGAAGCUAUUCAAAAAGAUCCCGAACCUACUAGUAAAGACGAGCUAAGGGCUUAUGUUGGUUUAAUAAACUAUUAUGGAAAAUUUAUUCAAAACUUGUCUGCUGAAAUUCAUUGUUUUUAUGAACUGUUAAAGAAAGAUGUUCCAUGGAAAUGGACCGAGCAAUGUUCUCAAACAUUCAAAGAAAGUAAAUCUUGGGUUCUGUGUUCUGAUGUUUUAGUACACUAUGAUGUCUUGAAACCUUUAGUGCUCACUUGUGAUGCUAGUCCUAAAGGAGUUUCUGCCAUUUUGUCCCAUAUCAUAAACGGAGAAGAAAGACCUAUAGCGUUUGCAUCAAAAACACUGAGUGCCAGUGAGAAGAACUAUUCACAGCUCCACAAGGAGGCGUUGGCACUGAUCUUUGGAGUGAAGAAAUUCCAUAAAUACAUUUAUGGGCGUACCAAUUGUAUUUUACAAAGUGAUCAUCAGCCACUAGCAGCUAUUUUUGGAUCAAAACGAGGGGUGCCUAGUUUAGCUGCUGCUCGCCUACAACGAUGGGCCCUGAUUUUGUCUGCCUACAAUUUUGAGGUAAAAUAUCGGAAGGGUUCCAGUUUGCCUCACGCUGAUGCGUUGUCACGCUUACCACUACCCGAGAAUGAAACUUUGGAGUUGGAUGAAAAUUAUAUAUCUCAUGUGGAAUCUUGUGUAAGAGAAAUGAACUUUUUCAAUUCGGGGAGUGACGAUUCUCCAAUCACUUCUUUAGAGAUAGGACAAUUGACUGAUAAAGACCCACUGUUGUCUAAAGUUCGGGAUUUUGUGUUGUAUGGGUGGCGUGAAAUUGUAGACCCAAUGUUAAUUCCAUUUCAGAGAAGGAGAGAUGAAUUGUCAGUGGAUAAAAAUUGCAUUUUAUGGGGCAGUAGAGUAGUCAUACCUAAGAAAUUGCAAGGUAAAGUCAUCCAGAUAUUGCAUGAACAACAUCCUGGAAUUACUCGAAUGAAAUUGUUGGCACGCAGCCACGUGUGGUGGCCUGGGAUCGAAAAAGUAAUUGAGGAUGCUGUGUCAUCUUGUUUGAUUUGUCAAAGUACAAGAAAUGCUGCUUCAAAAGUUCCAUUGCAGCAAUGGCCGUUAACUUCCGAGAGAUGGCGCCGAAUUCAUAUCGAUUUUGCUGAAGAUCCAACCACCAGACAGCAAAUGUUGAUUGUAGUGGAUAGUUUUUCAAAGUGGAUGGAAGUAUUUUUAAUGGGUUCUAUUUCCACGGGGAAGACCAUUGAGAAACUUCGUACACUAUUUUCUGCUUAUGGUUUACCUGAGGAGUUGGUGUGUGACAACGGCACGUCUUUUACCAGUCUAGAAUUCAGGGAGUUUCUUAGAAAAAAUGGUGUGAAACUAACAUUUUCUCCACCAUAUCGCCCUGCCUCCAAUGGAGCAGCCGAGCGUUCUGUUCAAGAAGUUAAGAAAAGUUUGUUAAGACAAGUUUUGGGUGAAAAAUCAUCUCAGCAGACAUCACUGCAGUAUAAAUUGGAUAACUUUCUUUUCGCAUAUCGUAAUACUCCAUCGUCAGUAACCGGUGUGAGCCCGGCUGAACUGUUCUUACGUUGGAAACCUCGAACAAAAUUGACUAUGUUAAAACCUAAUCUACUAGACGAGUCAAGGAAGAAGCAGGAAAUGCAGAAACGAGCCUCAGAUAGGCAUAGAGGUGCGUGUAGAUUUUUUAAUGAAAAUCAGAAGGUGUUGGUUAAAACAGUCAGACAGGAGAAGGUUAGUUGGGUUCCAGGUCGUAUAUUACAGUGUAAAAGUCCAGUUACUUAUUUGGUUAGUGUUCUUGGCAAAACAAGAGUUUGCCAUGCAGACCAUCUUAGGCCAACUGAGGUAGAGGAGGACGAAAUCAUUGUGCGGAAAGAGGAAGUUGGAAGGACUAUUGAGGCACAUCAACAAGAAUUCAAUAGAGGUUUGCCUAUUCUUCAGGAGUCUACAUCACCAUCAAUAUCAAGACAUGAUGCUUCACCUUAUUUGCCUAGAUUGAAGUCUGGUGUUGGGAAUCCACGGGGUGUACAAUACAGUCCAUCUACAGUUUUGAGGAGAUCACAGAGGACUGUGAACAAGCCGGAGAAAUUGGAUCUAUAA